GGCCCUCGAAUUUGAAUCACCCUGUAUAGAUACAGAAAAAUAGUUAUCACAAAACUGUCUUUAUAAUAAUUGUUGAAUAAUGUGCCCUUUUUCAAAAUAAGUAUACGAGGCCAGAUGAAAAAGCUAUCGAACCUAAACGUUAUUAACGAGCUCCUGGCGAUUUCAUGAUUAAUUUUUUUUAAAUCGAACAUAUUGUAUAUUUUAAUCUAUAAAGAAAAUUAAAAGAAUUCAAAAAUCUUUUUGAGCCUUUUUUGAUUUUUUUUGAACCACUUAAAUCUUAUUGGAAUAUCUCAGGUGUGUUAUACUUGUGAAAAAAAGUAUUUUUCAGAUUAAAAUAUACAGGGCGUUCCAUUAAAAAAAAUGGGGUUAAGUCCGAUAACUUUUAUAACCCCGCAGAUUAUUCAACUUUACAAAGAAGCUCUUGUAAGAAACAUUUUUGUUAUCUCAAUUAACUAAGAAAAUACGGGGUCAUUCUGAAAUAGGCAACUCUUUGACUAUCCCCCGUAUCUCUUAAGGGGACGAAAGUGUUUAAAUUUUGAUUUUACCGUUUUAAGUUUGACCCAAAAAGGGCACAUGACGCAUAUAUUAUAAUUUAAUAGCGCUACGGAGAUAAUCUAUAACAGUGUCAAAAAUGGGACACCCUGUAUAUGAAGAUUCAAAUGUAUCAACUAAACGUAUUUUUUUACCACAAAUACUCGCGUUGCCUUAGGAGUUAUCCACCGCAGUCCAUUAACUAGUUUUAUUUCUUUGACUCAUUAUAUGCUAAUAGGGUCUACCUGCCACCUUAUACAGGGUGUCAACGAAUCUAUUAGACAAGCCAUAAUUUCUAGAGUAUUUUCAAAUGGCAACCCUUUUUUGACAAACACUUUCUGAAUAAAGAAUUUUUUGACGAAUCUAACGAUAUUCAUUUAUUAUUUUUAUCCAAAAAUAUAAAAGUAUACAGGAUGUUCCAUUUAAAAAUUCAAAACCCCGACCAUUUCGAGCGGAAUGAGAAAAAUAUGCGAAAACUCCUCUCCACUGCACCAUUUACCGGUACCAAAUCUAAUUUUGAUACACCUCUAAUAUGGGUACUCUAGAAAUUAUGGCGUGUUUAAUAGAUUCGUUGACACCCAGUAUACAUGAACAUAAAACACGCCCCCUAGCAGUUACACAUUUUUUUUAGUUAACAUUCACUUUUGCAUUAGCAGGUACUUACUUCACCUGUUACUUGUAUUCUACCACUUAAUUUCUGGAACUCUUCAAUUUUCCUCUAAUUAGUUGUAAGGAAUAUUCACAAAACGUUAUAAAUAAAUGUCGAUGUUUUAGUAAUGAAAUUGGUUCUAUAAUUAUAUGCGUAAGACUUAUUUGUAUUGACCAGUCAUUGCCAUAGUGACCAUUGAAUGAAUCACAAUGACCCAUUGAUUGUUAGUUUAAACAGUAGGUACACGAAAUCUUAGAUGUAGUGAUUGGUAAAAUUCAUUGAGCUUUAUUGUUAUUAAUAAUAAAUCGAAAAAUCUCAUGUGAGCGCCGCAUUUAAAUUAGCACUCAACAGCUCAGUCUUUGUUAUGCUGAUUCAAUAAUGUCAGAUUCCGAAGAGGAGUCCGUUGAAAGGCAGCUUAAAAUCGCCUUUCUUGGAGAUUCAAGCGUGGGAAAGACGAGCAUAAUUAAACGGUUUUGCCAGGACGAGUUUACGCGCCAAUCGACGCCGACCGUCGGCGCGGACUUUUACACCAAACAUCUCGUCUUGCCCGGCCGACAGGAUGUUACGUUGAUUAUUUCGGACAUUGGAGGUCAGGAGCUUACCGGAUCGAUGUUGGAUAAAUAUUUGUACAAUAUCAAUAUAAUAGUCUUUGUUUACGACAUAACAAAUUCGCCUUCUUUCGAAUCUUUACCAUUGUGGAUGGAAACGGUCUCAGCAACGAUCACCAAUCCAGUGCUCUCGGCCGCCUUCGGAAACAAAUGCGACCUCGAGCAUCAACGAGCGAUUCGCACCGAUCGAAUUCAACCGUUCUUUCAACAGUGCAACCUACAGAAUUCCCCGGUCUCUGCCAGAACCGGAGAAUACCUUUAUUCGAGUAUGAUGGAGCUUAUAGCGAAGUACUUGGGAGUGCAUUUGUCGAAAGUGGCGAGAGAGCAGCAGCAGCCGGUCGUAAAGGCUCGGCUGGUACCGCCGACCGCUGUCGAUAGUAAACGUCCUAAGGUAAAACGGGUGCAUAAUCGUAACACUAAUACGGCCGUUUGUGUACUUCAGUGAU